AUUCACUAUCACCAUCUCCUAAUAAGUACAGGAGGGAGAGUAAGGGGCAAGAAAACUAAAAACUAUCUUGUGCUCUCAUUACUCUCCUUGUACAUAUAUGUAUAUCAAUUUAUAUAAAUAAUUUACAGGUGAAAUCUGUAUAUAAGAACCCUUGUCAAUAUAAAUUUUUCCUUUAAAGGAAAAAGGCUGAGUGAUAUUUGCAUCUGCGCAUCAGUUUGGAACAGCAAUUGAAAAUGGCCGACCCUGUUUUCAAGUCAAAGAUCACCCCCUAUGUCUUCGCUUCUUGGAUCCUUGCAGCCUUCGGGGGGCUGAUGUUUGGUUAUGACAUCGGUAUUUCUGGUGGUGUUACGGGCAUGGAUGAUUUCUUGAUUAAAUUCUUUCCAAGAAUCUACGAGAGAAAGUUACAUGCAGCGGAGAACAACUACUGUAAGUACGAUGAUCAAAUGCUGCAGCUGUUCACAUCUUCCUUGUACCUGGCUGCCUUGGUUUCUAGCUUCUUUGCAUCAAAGGCUUGCAAUGUGCUGGGACGCAAGCCCACAAUUCUCAUGGCAUCCACCUUCUUCAUGGCUGGCGCUGCCUUGAGUGCUGCUGCUCAAGUUGGUUGGAUGCUCAUUUUGGGUAGAAUUCUCUUUGGAGUUGGAGUUGGUUUUGGAAAUGAGGCUGUGCCCUUGUUCUUGACAGAGAUUGCACCAGUCCAUCUCAGGGGAGCAGUCAAUAUCCUUUUCCAACUGGCUGUUACCAUUGGUAUCUUCAUUGCUAAUCUUGUCAACUAUGGUACCUCAACGAUGCAUCCCAAUGGGUGGAGAUUCUCUCUUGGAGGUGCAGCAGUUCCUGCUGUAGUACUCUUCGCCGGGUCGUUGAUCAUUACUGAGUCUCCCGCCAGCCUUGUGGAAAGGAAGAGAGAAGAAGAAGGAAAGGCAGCUCUGAAGAAGAUCAGGGGUGUUGAUGAAGUUGACGCUGAAUUUGAAGAAAUCUUGUCGGCUUGUGAGAUUGCUAGCAAAAUCAAGCAACCAUUCAAGAAACUCAUGAAGAAACAAAGCCUUCCCCCAUUGGUAAUAGCUGUUGCCCUUCAGGUCUUCCAGCAGUUCACAGGGAUCAACGCUAUCAUGUUCUAUGCACCAGUUCUUUUCCAGACUCUGGGAUUCAAGUCUGAUGCUUCACUCCUGUCCUCAGUCAUCACUGGCCUUGUUAAUGUUGGCAGCACCUUCGUCGCCAUCUUCCUUGUUGACAAAGUUGGCAGGAGAAAAUUGCUUCUUCAAGCCUGUUGCCAGAUGUUAAUCUCUCAGGUUACAAUUGGAGUGAUCUUGCAUCUUAAACUGUCCGAAACAGGGUCACUUGACAAGGGUUUGGCCGCAGUGGUGGUGGUCAUGGUGUGCACAUUCGUGAUGUCGUUUGCAUGGUCAUGGGGUCCCCUGGGAUGGUUGAUUCCCAGCGAGACAUUCCCACUGGAAACAAGAACAGCAGGCUUUGCCUUUGCAGUCAGCUCCAACAUGCUCUUCACCUUCGUCAUAGCUCAGAUGUUCUUGUCCAUGAUGUGCCACAUGAAAGCCUACAUAUUCUUCUUCUUUUCUGCAUGGAUUGUCGUCAUGGGCCUUUUUGUGAUUGUCCUCUUGCCUGAGACCAAAGGUAUCCCCAUUGAUUCCAUGGUGGAAAGAGUCUGGAAGAAACAUCCAGUCUGGAAGAAUUGCUUCGACGAUGAUGACUCAAAAGAAUAUGAGAUGGCCUAGUACUUAGAAGGCUGAAGAUACUUCAGCUUUAAUUAUUUUGUUGUGGAGAUGGGCUAGUUAUUAUCUAUAUCCCCUUUUUUUUUUUUCGUCUUUCAUAAUUUUUCCUGAAUUAUAAAUUUUGAAGUUGUUCGAGAAUACCACAACAGAGUUUGAACCAGUGCAUUGAAAAAAAUGGAAAAAAAAUUCUGCUUUCGAUCGAUCA